UUUUAGAGGCGUAAGCGGUUAGGUGUUUGUUUUCGUGUUGAAGACAUAAUCCAAGAUGGCUGAAAAGAAAAUAGUGUAUGUUGUGGGUUUCAUUGUCCUGGCUAUAAUUAUUAUGAUUAUAGCAUUAGUAGCCACUUCACUGAAGAAACUGGCGUCAGAUGAAAUUGGUAUAAAGUAUGACACAGUUCAGAAAAAGUUAGAUGAUAGCACAGAAAGAGAAGGUUUACACACAGGACCUCCAGGCUUUGAAUUCAUCAAAUUUCCAAGUGUGUACAAAUCACUCUCAUUCAAUGGCUUAGAAUGUUUAAACAAAGAUGGCGUAAAAAUUGUCCUAGAUGUUACCUAUCAGUACAAAGUCAGAUCUGCCAAACUAAGGGAGGUAAUCCUUGACUUCAGGGAUAAAGAUGGUUACACUAAAGUUCUCAGAUAUGCAGGGCAAUCAGCUUUACAUGAAUCAUGUAGCUAUUUUAACACAUCUCAGUUCCAAGCAGAGCGUGCCAACUUCCAGGAAAAAGUUAGAGAACAAAUUGUGGGCAGAUAUGAAGAACUGAAUGCUGAUAUUACCGAUUUACAGGUAAGUAACAUUGCUCGACCAUCUGAGUAUGAAAGUGCCAUUAGGAGUAAAGAAAGAGCCAGGGAAGACAUUCAGGUGGCCAACAAUGAACGUCCAAGACUUUUGACAGAGGCUGAGACACAGAAACGUGAAGCCGAAACACAGGCCAAAAUUAUUAUAGACAAGGCAGAAUCCGAUGCUCGUAUAUUAGCUAACAGAGCUACGACUGAAGCACAGGCCAUUAUUGCCCAGUAUGAAAAAGAGGCUGAAGCAUACAAGAAGAUCGUUGAAGCUUCAGGACUUGGAUUCACGAUUGAUGGUUUCAUCUCCUAUCUUGGUGUACGAGUAAUCGCUGAUGCAAAGAAUCCUGUCUACAUAGGCUUGGACAGCCCAGCAAAGACUGUUUAUCCUUAAAAUGUUUAACACAUUGUGUAUGUCAGAUUUGUCUCCCCUUUUCUGCAUCCUGUCAAAUUGGAAUAUUUAAUUUUUUUGCAGACCAAUGUUUAAUAUGAUAUAAGCUUACAAAAUGUGCAAUAAAAUGAGAUGAAGAUUUGGAAAUUUAAAAAAAAUAUUAAAUUUUGCUGUACAGUACAAUACAAAACAUUUUUUAAAGAAAUAUUUUCUGAAGAAGAAAACAAGAACAACCAAAAAAUUUUUUGGCUUAAAGAAUUAGGUAUUUUGAUAUACCGUCUAAGCCUCUUAUUGUCUCCCCCUAGAUUUGGCAGACAAAUUUGACAUACUUUCAUAAGUUUCAUCUUUCUCAGGAAACUUGUAUCAUUCUGUGAUCCUUACAUCUCAGUUUUUGAUUUAUUCUUACAUCUUGUUAAUAUUAUGUAAACUGUUAAAAUAUACUUUAGCAUUCUGCAGAGAUUUUCUUUUGUUUUAGGUAAGUUUUACCCAAUUCUUUCACUUUAAUCAUUUAUCUUUGUUUUGUUUUAACAUACUGUAUGAUUGAUGAAUGUGCAAAGAAAUGCUGAAUUUACAGUAGCUUAGUGCUAACAAAAAUUACAAACUGUUUUGAUACUAUUUGAUAAAAGAUGUGCUACUGGAUAUGUUCUUUAAAUAGACAAAAAUAAGAAGUUUUUAUUUCCCUUUUAAUGUGAGUCAUAAUAACUUAUAAAAUCAGGGUAUUAAUUAUCAACAAAUUUUUACAUAUUAAACUUGUUUUAAAUCCGUUUCUGAAACUCUCUUAGAAGAUUUCAAAUAAAUAAUGUGUGCACACGAAUCCAAGAGUGUAAAAUAUGUGCCAAUCAUUAUAUAUAAUGUAUAUAUUCAGUGAUCCAAUGACCUACAUUGUAUUGUUAUCUAAAGAGAUUCAAAUAUUUUACCAAGUACAAGGCAUUGCUAUAUAUAAAUAAGAUCAAAAGCUGGUUUGACAAUAUGAUGAGAAACUCAUAUAAACUAAAUAUGACAAUGAAAACUCCCCACCGACUAUCAGUUUUAAGAUGCAGGAAUAUUUGUUAUAAUUCAAGGAGAAAUAUGUUUUAUUAGUGUUAGGGUAAAUUAGUAGAUAACAUAGAGAUAUGACGUGUUUUUAAAGGAGAUUUUGAAUAUGUUAACCAAAAAGAUAAGGCAUUAUUUAGUCGUAGCUGUUGUAGAAAAUAUUUUUAUUAGUUGUUGUAUUCUUUUUAAAAUACAUAUUUUAACAAGAUUUGAGUGAAAAUUCAGGAUAAGUUUCACAUGUGAAAUAUUGGUUUUUAUUUUACUUGGAAAUCAUGAAUUACAAAUGUAAUAAUAGAAGUUUAUAUUUAACAAAAAGAAAGGAAUAUGUGUUACUUGAAUCUUAAGUCAACUGGGAAAUAUGACAGUUAUCUUGAAUUUCAUAAAAAGAAAGUAUUUAUCUUUUAGAUUUCUGUCUUAUUAUUGUAAUGUAAGUCAUUCAAUUGUUUACCCUUUCUACUUGUGUCUAUAACCCUCUUAAAAGAUUUGGGGCCUCUGUGGCCGAGUGGUCUAAGUAGUUACUACUGUAAUCACUAGCCAGUCAACACUGAGGUUGUGAGUUCGAACCCCGCUCGUGCGGGUGCACUCGACUCCAAUCUUAAUUGAAUAGGAUUGUCAGUUUUCCUAUCGAAGGUUGGUGGUUUUCUCAGUGCACUCUGGCUUCCUCCACCGAUAAAAACUGGCCGCCACGAAAUAGCCAAAAAGAGGUGCUUAAAAGUGGCGUUAAAACACCAAAAAUCUAAUCAAAUCUUAAAAGAUUUGCUUUCUCAUUUAUAUUUCUAAGAUUUACAAAAAUUUCUUUGAAAGUUUGUAGUAAAAGACCUCUUUUUAAGAUUUGUUUUUUAUUUUUCAUUUUAUAUGAGAUUUUUAAAGUAUUGCUCACUGUUUUUGUACUCGACUUUUCUUAUUUAUUAAUUUUUGUUGGUGUUUGCUCCAUGCAUGUUUGUAAGUGUUCAUUCUCUAUUAUUGUAUGUUUUAUGAUGACUUUAAAUUGUAAUACAUAUUUUUUGAAAAAAGGGUGUUUUUUUCAGAGUUUGUAUAUAAAAUGCUUCUUGUGUUUAAUUUGCAACAUUUGGGUUGACUUUUUUGUAUUGUUUUGAAUGGUGAUGUAAUAAAAAAGAAGUUAUGUAAUUUUGAAAAAAAUGUAUUGUGAGAACUGUAGCUUACUGCUUUGAAAUAUUAUAUAACCACAAGAAUUAAUUUUUUUGUGACUUUAUACUGUGAAACCACUGUUGAGAAAUCCAAGGGGGGAUAACUUCAAUUGCUUUGUUGUCUGAAAAUAACAAAAUUUAUUAUAUACUUAGUAGUAAAUACAAGUCAUGUCAUGAUUUCAAAGGCUUUAUCAAACCCCUAAUCUUUAUAAAGUCAUGUCAUGUGAAAAACAUAAACUUGAGGUAUAUUUAAUAAUGUAUAUGAUAUGGCUUUUUCAAUAUCACACAAUGUAUCAACACCUAAGGAUGGUCACUACUCAUGUUUCAAAACAACAAGCCUUUUUGCAGACUUGUUAUAAAUUGAUAGUAUAUAAAUAAAGGAACUAAAAAAGAAGAAAAAAAUUAUGGGUCCGUGUGCUUGUUUUCGAGAUAUAAGCUAUUGAAAAUUUGGCUGGAAAUGAUUCUCUCUAGAUUUUUCAUACAUUUAACAUUGACACCUUUUUUCUUUCAAAAACUAUGAAAAAAUAACAAGGACUUUAUAAGAUUCUCAAAGAUGGCAUUUUAAACUAUAUGUAAUCAAAUUAUGGAAGAAAAAAAAUAAGAUUUAACAGGCAUAAAUUUUAAUGGCACUACAUGGAUAAAACCAGAGGAUUCUGAAUACCUUGCAAAAAUUCAAAAAACAAGAGGUGCAAACAUCCUUAGCCAAUAUAAUCCCUGGACACGAGCUCUUGGAAUUAAAAUGGUGUCACUGGUUGAUAUGUAUGUGAUAUUGAAAAAGCCAUAUUAUAUUUGCUAUUUAUAAUUGAAAGUGGCAUUAUAACACAAAAGCACAUAUCAAGUUAUUGUGAACAAGAAUGAAUAAGAUAACUUAAAUCAUUCUGUCUUCUUCUUUAAUCAAAAACAUGCCUAAUAUUUCUAGGAUAUAACUUUGAGUUGAGCUGAACAAUCAAAAGUGUGAAUACUUUUAUUUUUUUCUUAGUUCACACUGAUGACUUGCUGUCAAGUAUAUUUUCUUACUUUACCCAGAUGACUUACUGUCAAUUAUUUGUAAGGGCAAUAACUCAUGAAAUCAGUAACACAUUUCUAAUCGUCAAUUUUAAUCAUGCUUUUUAGUCACUCAGCUGGAAGAGAUGUAAAAUAAUCUUUGUUAGUAAGAAGCUUAGAAUACAUUAAUGAAAAUAGUUGACAUAAACAUACCAGUGAUUUUUAAGAGUAGAACUUUCCCUUACCCUAGUGUCUACCUCCUUAAUACAGAAAUUGAUGUUUCAGAUAACAAUGUUUUUUCUGCAAUUUGUAAAAAGUGCCUUCCUUUCCUUAUUGCUGAGACAAAUUCUGUAGAUGAUAUAUAUUUUCAUAUUCUCUCACUUAUCAUUUAUUCAUGUUAUAGGUAUUUAUGCAGUAGUAACCUUAUUUUGAACACAUUUACAUAUCUUCAAUAAAAAACAAACCAAGAGGUAUGGUGAGAGCCUUUAUUUGGCCCCUAAAAUUUCAAACUUGAAAGAAAAAUGGUCUUUGUAUAUGAAAUUUUUCAGCAAAUUAUCUUCUAGUUUAAAUAUUUUGCUAAUAUCUAGUUAAUUAUCACAUAUUUUUGGCAGAUUUAAAGAUUUAAAACAAUAUAAAAUGCUUUAAGGUGGAAGGUUAAAAGUUGUAAUGUUUGAUUGAUUUUUGCCUGCUAAAUGUCCUGUGGCAAUUAUUUCUGUAAUUAUAUUCAGGGCGACAAAUUAGUGAAUUCUCUUGUAAACAUUCAAACAAUCUUAUUUCAAAUAAACAUUUGACUUCUAGAAUUUUACAUCCCAGGGGCCAAAAAGGUUUUUUUCUUCAUUUUUAUACAGAAUUAGAAUUGCUUCUCUAAUGUAUAAAGAUUGUAAUGUAGUAAUCUGGCAUUAUUUUUAGAAUACUAAAAGAUAUAUGUAUAUAUAUAUAUUAAUGUCUUCACAACACAUUUAGUUUCGUUAUACUUAUCCAAUCAUUAGCAUGUCUAGUUAUAUUAGUUUUUAUGUUGUUAUGUUGUCUGAAAGGGAUGUGAUGUACUUAUGUCUUAUAAUGUAGUUCACGUUUUGUACCUGUCUGUAAAGAUUUAGCAAAGUAAACAAAAAGUAUUGUUUUGGUAUCAUUAAGCAGGAGUUUAGGUUUUUUUUUAAAGAUAGCAUCAUAUCAUUCAUUAUAAACUAUUACUAAAUAUAGAAUAAUGGAAUUUUUGUUUUUGAUACUGACUUAAUCAGCAAGAAUAUCAAGCGAGCCCGUUGUGAUAGUUGUUUGUUUGUUUGAAUGAAGUCACAUGCAUUUCAUUGAUAAAUUGACGCGGAUGGACAUGAACAUGUGACGAUGCUGCCCUGGUACAUGACGUUAUUGCCUAAUAUUUUCGAGUAUAUGAUAAAUCCUGUCCAUAAUCUUAACAAAUAUUAUGCAGUAAGAUCAAAGGAAAAAUGUACAAACUAACAAUUAUUAGUCAUAUCUAGACGAAACAUGUUUCUGGCUUAUUAAAAUAUAAUUCUGGUAUCUUUGAUGAGUUUUAAUUAUCAGUAAAUAAAUUAAUUUUGGAUGUAACACGUCUUCUGAUUGGUUGAAAGUGUUUUGUCUAUCAACUCAUAGACAUAAUUUUGUCAUGAGAUAGUGGCGUCAUCAACGUUUUUUUCAUGAUUUACUCCUUAAAACUGGAAAUUAGAAUUAAAUUAUAAGGAAUGACUAAUAUUUUUUCUGUCUAUUCGAAAUAACCUAAAAAAUGUGGUGCACACUUUUAGAUAACCCGCUACAUGGGUUAUUCAGUGUGCACCACAUUUUUGAUGUUAUUUCUUCAAAAAGAUGAACCAAAAUAAGAGGAGAGAAACAAAUUUGAAUACAUUUUUAAGAAAUGAAAUUAAAAGUUUUUAUAACUUUAAUGUCUCUUAGGAAAUAGAUAUGAUAGGGUUAAUGACCAUGAUCUAUAUUCAGUAUAUAUCCGUCAUUAUGCCAAAAGUUAUUUUAUAACUUAAAGAUAAUCAAAAUAUCUUAAUAUUUAUUUUUUGCUGAGAUUGGUGACAAUCAAAUAGAUCUUUUAAUUUCAAAAUUCAAAGCAUGUUCAGCCAGAGGUACAUCAACAAAAACGUUGAAUAAUGUAUAAUUUGUAAUAAAAGAUCCUAUAAAUGUAUUGUGCAACAUGUUGCUUUUGCCAAACAAAAGUACUAACUGAGCAUACUCCAUAAUUAGCUGAGCAUGCUCCAUAAUUUGCAGAGCAAGCUCUAUGAAAGGUUUUCUGAAUUAAAGGAUGAUCUUUUUAAUCUAUGAACCUAUUUACACCAAUCACCUCCAUUUUGUAAUAGUUCUAUCAUUUAACACCAUAUGGUUUAAAAGAAUUGCAAUUUUUAUUAAAAGCUAUGCUAACAGGCCUAGGUUGUUUCAUUAAGGUAUGUUUGGCUUUAAAGUCAAUGAUUUGACCCGUCAAAGUAGCACACAUGUAAUACCAUUAUAUAAGUUAGUAAAAUUUUCAUAUGAUAUUCAUGUAUGCCUCAUUUUGGCUUAAGAGUCAUUUGAAGUGCCAGUGUAGUUUGAAAGUUAAAAUGAAUAUGACUGCUACCAACUAAAAUAUUUGAAAAAGAGUCACUAUUUUUCAAAAGCUAUAGGUUUGUUUUUAAGUACAUACAUUGUUAUUUGUAUGAUUUGUUUCUAUAGUAACAAACAUAAUUGUACAAUGUAUUACAUUUUUAUGGCAACAUUUGUAGAACCAUUGUAGUUUAUUUAUAUUUUGAAUAAACAUUUUUACCUAA